AUGGACAACUUGCAGGUAUCUGAUAUACAAAAUGCUUUACAAUGCAUAUCGUCUACCGCAUCUCAAGACGAUAAAAAUAAAGCGCUUCAAUUUUUAGAACAUUUUCAAAGAUCUACUACUGCUUGGUCUAUUUGCAAUGAGAUAUUAUCUAAGCAAGACCCUACAAACUCUCUUUUGGAAUUAAAUAUUUUUGCUGCACAAACUCUAAGGAAUAAAGUCACAUAUGAUCUAUCACAAUUAGAGAACAAUCUACUACAAUUUAAAGAUUCUUUGUUGACACUUUUAUUAUCGCAUAACCAAAAACUAAUCAUUACACAAUUGAACGUUGCAUUAGCACGUCUAGCAAUUCAGUUCUUAGAAUGGCAGAACCCAAUUUUCGAGAUCAUUUCUUUGUUGAAUUCUUCACCAUCUAUUUUGUUAAAUUUCCUAAGAAUUUUACCUGAAGAAACUUUAGAUAUUGCCUCUACCCCUCUAACGGAAGUAGAAUUCAAUUCCAGAAUUCAUGAACUUAUUGAUCCCAUAGCAGAGGAUGUGCUGAAGUUUCUAGUCUCAUGCAUAGAACUAUUACAAAAUACGGAUCAAAACUCUAACUCAUCAAUUUCACUUGAACAAAUUUUACGUUGUUUGAACUCUUGGUCUUAUGAGUUUCCAAUCGAGCAGUUACUUACUGUACAACCAUUGAUAACCCUCGUAUUUGAGACUAUUUCUAAUGGUAAUGACAAUGAUAUGGAAGCAUUCGAUUCUGCUAUCGAUUGUCUAUGCGUUGUUCUUAGAGAAAGCAGAGAUAGUACCAACGAGCAGUUAAUUUCUGGUUUAUUUCAAGAACUAAUGCUUUUGCAAGAAAAAUUAUUACCCACUCUAAUAAUAGAUCAACCUUUGAAUGAUGAAUAUGAUUGUGAUCUCUUAGAAGGUAUGACCCGAGUAUUCGUGGAAGCUGGCGAAGCUUGGUCUGUUGUUAUAUCUAAAAAUCCUGAGUUUUUCAAACCAAUGGUUUUAGUGCUGCUGAUGUUGACCUGCAAAAAUGAAGACUUGGAUAUUGUUUCCUAUACUUUCCCAUUUUGGUUCAAUUUCAAACAAAGUUUAGUUUUGCCAAGAUAUCAAGACUCAAAGAAAGCUUAUUCUGAUAUUUUUGUAAAAUUAAUAAAUGGUAUUAUCACUCAUUUGCAGUACCCAUCAGGCCAUUUUUCAUCCAAAGAGGAGGAAGAUAAAUUCAAAGAUUUUAGGUAUCAUAUGGGUGAUGUAUUGAAGGAUUGUACUGCGGUCGUAGGAACCUCCGAUGCUUUAUCACAGCCAUUAAUAAGAAUAAAAUCUGCAAUAGAAAACAACAAUAGUUGGCAAAUAAUGGAAGCCCCAUUAUUCUCCCUAAGGACAAUGGCUAAAGAAAUUUCAUUAACAGAAAGCACUAUAUUACCAGAAAUUAUUAAAAUUAUUUGUAACCUUCCGGAGCAGCCGAAAAUUAGAUAUGCCUCAACAUUGGUCCUAGGUAGAUAUACCGAAUGGACAGCCAAACAUCCAGAACUAUUAGAAAUUCAAUUGCAGUAUAUUUUUAAUGGUUUUCAGUUGCAUGAGGGUUCCUCAGAUAUGCAAAGUAUAAUCACCGCAUCAUCGCAUGCACUAAUGUUUUUUUGUUUGGAUUGCUCAAAACUGCUAACCGGAUACAUUGAUCAAUUAAUCAACUUCUUUUUUAAUGUGCAGAACUCUGUCGAUAUUGAGUCACAGUUUGAACUAUGUCAAGGAUUAAGUGCAGUAAUAAAUAAUCAGCCAGAAUCGAAGGUUUCAGCAAUAUUCCAACAGCUGCUAGAUGAUAAUUUAAAACAAGUCGAGGCUUUAGUACCUCAGUGGAAGACAAAUUCAAUGUUAUUUGCUCCACAGAUUGCUGAUAAAAUUGAUUUGCUAUAUGCACUUUUUGAAGAAUUGAAACCAAGAUACAGUUAUCCUCAGCAGGGAUCAGAACCUUUACUACCAGAAAUAGAAUUUAUUUGGAAUGCAUUAAGAACGUUGUUGUUGGAUGCGGGAACAAUGAUGGAUAGUAUCAUAGUGGAAAGAGUAGCUAAGCUGUUACGAAGAAUCUUUGAGAGGUUCCAUGUAUUUUGUGAACCAAUAUUGCCUUCUGUUGCCGAAUUUUUAAUCCAGGGUUAUUUAACCACUGGAUUUGGUUCGUAUUUGUGGUGCUCAGGUUCUCUUAUAGUUAUUUUUGGUGAUGAUGAAUCAUUCCCCAUUUCACCCGACUUGAAGGGUGCUGUUUGGAAGUUUGCUUUAUCCCAAUGCGAAACGUUCAUAUUAAAUUUCAAUAAGUUUGAUAAGCUUCAAUUAAACAAUUAUCAUGAAGCAAUCAUUGACUUUUUCUCAUUAAUUUCGGAUUUAAUCAUGUUCUACCCCGGCGCAUUUUUGAAUUCUAGAGAGUUAUUAAGUCCAGUACUGGAUGUCGCACUCGAAUGUGUCAACAAACUCGACAACUACGACGCUUAUAUUUGUAUAUUGCGGUGUUUGGAUGAUAUCAUAUCAUGGGGGUUCAAAACUCCACCAAUUUCAACAGUUUCCAUCGAGAUUGUUCCAGAAGAAUGGAGAAACCAAGUUGUCAACGAAGUAGUGAUAGCACACGGUAACCAAUUAAUAUUAGUUUUAUUCAUUGGGUUAGUAACCACUUUUGAAAAUACUGCUCAUUCAGAUGCCAUCAGUUGUAUUGUAAAAUGUUUGAGAAUACUCACAGAGGCGAAUAAUAACGAUUCGACGAUCUGUGUCGGAUGGAUUUAUAAAGUGAUGGAGCAACUUGGCCAGGUAACCAAUAACGAAAGAGAUAAUUUGACAAAGGCUGUAGUCGAAGGACUGAAUUCAAAAGAUUACAGAAAGGUAAGGGAGGGAAUCAGAACAUUUGUGGGAUGGUAUUCAAGAAAGAAUGUCAAUUCGAGAUUUGAAUAA